AUGCCCAGUCCAAGUGUAACUGAUAUUGAUCUGUUGCGGAACAAUAUUGAGUUUGCCUCGAUUUCCCAAUUCUUCCACACAUUCCAUUCUGCAUUCACUCCAUGGCCUGCUACUACCCCUUCUGGUGCUGAUGAAUCUUUCCUCAUUUACAACAAAUACAAUUCAGCAGAAUCCUCUAGAUUCUCAACAGAGGAUCUUGAACAUAUGAUCCUUGAUGUUACUCAACGCCAUCGGUUUGAAGAGCUUAUUGUUCGAAUGCUCCGGUUAUUGACCAGAAACAGAUUUAUCACACAUGAAACUUGGCAGAUGUAUUUUGCUCGCGAAUGGGACAGACGAAUCUCUGAAGUACCAAACCCAUUCCAUACAGACAAUUAUGAAGCAACACAAGAAAUCCGCAAUUUCUUUACAUUUCCUUUGGAUACAAAAGUUCACCUAUUGCAUGUCUUGUGUGAAUGGUAUUUUGAGGAUCCGGAAAGACUUCGAGAACAUUUGUCAGGCGAUGAAGAUGAAGACGAAGAAGCACAAUGGAGAGUCGAUCCCAUUGGUUGUGAUUCCAAAGGAAACAUAUUCUACCUCUUUGAUGACAAUCGGCUUUACCAACAAUCAAUCCACAAACCAAAGACCAAACCUCAUUCUGCAAUAAAAAAAGCUCAGGCCAGAAAGGGAACUCGCCACAGUGCACGAAAUGCUGACUUAUCCCAGAUAGAAACACCAACUGUAGAGGAAAUAUGGAUGCCUUGGAGACUAGUCUGUCAGACAAGCUCUGACUGGGAAAUGUUUCCAUCCCGUUAUUCCAACAGCACACAUAUCGACGAAAAGAAAUUUUAUCGUGCCCUUAUAGAAGACGUGAUUCCCAAGGUAUUACCCGUGCUUUUGGAUCACGAGAAAGAAUUGAAGAAACAGGAAGCACUUUUGCACAGAAAACGCAGUUCUCGCCUUAUGGUCCGUGAGCUGGCUUCUCUGGUACCAUCAUCUACCGACAUUGAUUUGACAGAGAAGAGAGCGUCCAGAAGAGAAGAAAACGCUAGACGUAGAGAAGAAGCAGAAAAGGAAUCAGCAGCAAAAGCUCGCGAAGAAAGAUUGUUGGAUCGAGAACGACGAUUGCAUGAGCGGGAAAUGGCCAGACUCGAACAGGAUGGCAAGACAGAUUCUUUGGAUUUAGCAACAAAAGCAGCCGCAGUAGAAAGAGCAGGUGUAUCAACAGACAAGAAAAAUAAUAACAAAAACUACAACAACAACAACAGCAACAGCAACAGCAAGAAGCGAAAGAGGACUAAAGCUCAAGAAAAAGAAGAAGAAAGCAACUGGACGUUUGAUUGUGUGUGUGGAUUGUCUGGACAAAAUGUGGACGAUGGUAGUCCCAUGAUUGCCUGUGAACGUUGUGGUGUAUGGCAACAUAUCCAGUGCCUACGAAAAUCGAUGCAGAUUAACAAAUAUAUGAAGAGCCUGGAUAACUACGAGUUCAUAUGUCAAGACUGUAAAAGGCCACCUCCUUUCAAAUCGGAAAUACCCCAAAAAGACCAAAUUAUGACAGAACAACAGCCUAAUCCAGUGUUUAUUUCAACUUUACAGCCGGUGACUCAACCAUCCUCAUCACAACCGCCACAACCUCCACUACCGCUGCCACUACCAACUGUAACGUCACAAACAGUAUUACCACCAGCAGAAGCACACAUUGAAACAGCACCAACUGUAGUACCAUCAGAAACACCAACUGUAAUACCAUCAGAAACACCAACUGUAGCAGCACCAGAAUCACUAGCGCCACUGGCAGAAGCACCAGUAGAAACUCAAACACUAAAAGAUACUCUUAUUAAUGUCGCACAAGAUACUACAGUUCAGGUUCCACUUUACCCAACUGUCGAUUCAACUACCAUUCAACCAUUGUCAACUCAACAACCUAGCCCCCAAAACCAAUUGAAUUACAAUGCUUAA